GCGUCGUUAGGUGCUUCCACAGCAGAUAUUAGGGAGUGCCUAACGAUGCGGUACGACAUCAAAGAGCUUAAACAACAUCCAUACUAUCCCUCCUCAAUAACAAUUUUAUUGGUCUGUGAUAGCAACGUCAUGAUGAAUCCGUGGCAAGGGGUUACCUAGCGUCGGAUCGAGCAUGGCCCGUGUAGCAAUCUCAAAAUAUUAUUGUCUCCUAUGACAUUGAAAGGUAAAAUAACACCGGAGCUGAAAUUUCUUGUUGAUUCCACCGUGCACGUGUUCAUUGACAGCCAGAUAACAUUGAUUAGGUUUCCAACAGUUCCCCGGAACGUUUCAUGGAAGAACACUUAAAUUGCACACAUUUUGGAGCUUGUAUGCUUCUCAAGAACACCCACUUCAGCAGCAUCGUCACAGAUUAGACAGCGCCAACAGCUCUCAACAGAUAUAGAUCUACUCACCGUCAUGUCCACUCGCUUCUCCUCUUCUUUCCUCUAUAUUCUACUUGCCUUGACAGCUUUUGUCGCUACAAGCUGUGCAUUCACAACCUUCAACUAUAAUUACUAUCCUCGCGGCGAGACCGCUACAGUUCAAAAUACUAUUGCCGAGGUGGCUCGCGAGACCCCAGCUGUCUAGGUGCUUCGUGUAAGCCUUGCUUCGCCUCAAACCCAUUGCAUUAGCCUCACGGCGUUGAUUUUGUACACAGGCCAAAAGCUUACAACUACUGGUGGUGUGAACUAGACCGAACUGACUUUCCACUUCGUUUGUCGAACUUUACACCAGUGAUGUGACAGGCACACUCGAUUAUUCCGAAAGUUUUGACUCAUGUGUUUGUCAUAGUAGAAAUGUUGAAAUUCGUUUAUAUCAGUUUGACAGUUUCGAGUUUUGUACGCCUCUGAACAACUUCUUCCAAACAUCUACAUAUUGUAAGCAGAUGUAGUCUAUUUAUAUAAGUGCC